GGUAGAGUAACAUUGCCAAUUAAACAUGUCGGAUAACGGGGAAGUUGAAGACAAGCCACCAGCCCCUCCAAUGCGAAACACAAGCACCAUGAUUGGAGCAAGCUGUAAGGAUACAGGAACUCUGAACCAUGGCUCUAAGCCUCUACCCCCAAACCCCGAGGAGAAAAAGAAGAAAGACCGCUCCAUCAGGUCAAUCUUCCCAGGAGCUGGUGACAAGACAAAUAAAAAGAAGGAGCGACCAGAAAUUUCAUUGCCAUCAGACUUUGAACAUACUAUACAUGUUGGAUUUGAUGCAGUCACUGGAGAAUUCACUGUUGCAAUUAAGCAAAUGAAUUUGCAGCAACAGCCCAAAAAAGAAUUAAUUAUUAAUGAAAUUCUAGUCAUGAGGGAAAACAAGAACCCAAAUAUUGUUAACUACUUGGACAGUUACCUAGUUGGUGACGAGUUGUGGGUUGUAAUGGAGUACCUAGCAGGAGGAUCACUGACAGAUGUUGUAACAGAAACGUGCAUGGAUGAAGCACAGAUUGCUGCUGUUUGCCGAGAGUGCUUGCAAGCUCUGGAAUUCCUACAUUCAAAUCAAGUAAUACACAGAGACAUCAAGAGUGAUAAUAUUCUUCUAGGAAUGGAUGGUUCUGUUAAACUCACGGAUUUUGGGUUUUGUGCACAAAUUACGCCAGAACAGAGCAAGCGCAGCACUAUGGUAGGGACACCAUACUGGAUGGCUCCAGAGGUGGUGACAAGAAAAGCUUAUGGUCCUAAAGUUGAUAUCUGGUCAUUAGGAAUCAUGGCCAUUGAAAUGAUAGAAGGAGAGCCUCCAUAUCUCAAUGAGAACCCACUGAGGGCUCUUUAUCUCAUUGCAACAAAUGGCACUCCAGAGUUGCAGAACCCUGAAAAACUCUCCCCAAUAUUCAGAGAUUUUCUUAAUCGGUGCUUGGAAAUGGAUGUGGAGAAGAGAGGAUCAGCUAAGGAACUUUUACAGCACCAGUUUUUGAAAGUAGCCAAACCACUGUCAAGUCUUACCCCUCUCAUUCUGGCAGCAAAGGAGGCAGCAAAAAACAACCGUUAAUCCUCUUCCUCAAUCCUGAGCUCAUUGGUACACUUUAACUGUGGCAGGCCUUCUGUUUCAAAUUUCAGUAGCUACAGGAAUUGAUCAUGGCAGGGCCAUGAUGAAUGGUAGACUUACAUGUUUGAAGGAAGAACAAAACAAAAUGCAAACUGCUGAACAUUGUAAAUUUCGGCGUCUUUAAAGGGUGUGAACAUUGUGAAUUGUUCUCAAGGAAGGGCAUCCUGAAUCAUGGCUUAAUGUAGCAAAAUCCUGAUUGAUUCGUAUGCUUCCAGGACAUCAUUCAUUUCUUAAGAAAAAAGAUAUUAAUAAAUUUGACUUAAUUGCUUUCUUAUUCCCAGUUAAAACUUUUUUUUUUAAAUGUAAGCCUAAUAUUGUGAAAUUUUGUGAAGAAUAGCACAUUUAUAUGAUGUCUUUUUCUUUUUUUUUAAACCAGUAAAUGUCUGGAAUAGAUCAGGGUAAGAUUUUUUUUAGAAUAUAAUAACAUUAGUUAUGUUUUGGAAUAAUACAAUUACUCAAAUGUCUACUAAAGGAUUGAGGAUACAUCAUCUGACUUGUUUUCACAAAGGAUUUAGUUCCGUUGGAAGUAGUACAGCAAAAGAACUACAAUAGAUGGUACACACUGUAUUUUAGAGAAGCCACAGUGGAAUGAAUCACAGGAUUUCCUGUGUUGUCAUGUUCUCUGAAGUUGUUUUAUUAUAUAUAUAUAUUUAUAUGUAUGUAUAAAUCUUAUAUACAGACUUGACUAGGUGUCAUCUCUUUGAGAUGCAGCAGAUCUCUUGUUAAAGAGAGUAAAAUCAGUUUUGAUUUAAUUGCACAAAUGUUUUAAAUGUGAAAAAAAACAUUACUAAUACAUCCUGGAAAAUUAAACUUACCUGGAUUUUUUUUAGUGACUGAUCCACGUGCACUAACAGUUUUAAUGCUUUUGGAAGAGAGAAUGAAUCUGGACAUUUUUCCUCUUCCUCUUUUUAUUUAAGAAUGUGGCUAGCUGAAAUAUUGAGUUUUUUCCUUAAUUUUUGUAAUAAUUAUGAUUUUUAUACCUUCAUCUUGGUACUGGCAUGUUUCCAUUUUGUUUGCAUGCCUGUUCAUUAUCUUAAAUCUUGGGGAGAAAAAGUUCUGAAUGGUUCAGCAUAUUUGAGAGGAUUUAAAAAAACGUUAGCUUUCCUAUUUUCCUGCAUUAGCUAUCACUGGUUCUAAAGAAACAUAAUUUGAUUUUCACUUAGACCUCUGUAAUUCAGUGCUCCCUGAACACAUUAGUGUCGUUCAUUCAAAAGGUAUAUGCACUUAUUGUUUUUCUUUCUUCUAGAAAAAAAUUACUAAUUUCCCUGUUGAUGUAUGUCAGGAGAAGUUACUACACUAUUCCAUAACUGGCAUUCAUAUUACAUGUAUUUUGAUUUUAUAAGUCGGUAGAGGUAUGAAAUGCAAUGAAUCACUCAAAUUACAUUGUAUUGUCUAGUGUUGUUUCAUUGUUUGCCAUUUCUUUCUUCGUACAAAUCCCAAAAAAGUCAUUUUUAUUAAUAUGACUGCCAGAAAACGAAAAGAAAAGAUAUAUUUUAGUUUGUGCAGAAAUAUCUACAUUUAUAUAAUCUAUAACCUGCAGUGCUGAAGUUCAUAGGUAUUUGAUUUAUUUUGUCUAAUUUUAUGGUGUACCAAAUAUUUGUAUCAUUGGGUGCAGUUCAAACUUGAGAUUAUCAUUUAUUGUGCCUAUAUAACUGUAGCCAAAUUGGUUUCUAAGGAAUUAAUUUACUUAGACAUGACAUUUACUGCUCUGCAUUUUCUGUGUCCAGUAUUGGUCAGUGAUGUUUAAAUUAAUAUCCUCUGCCCAUAGCUUACUUUAUUCAUGGUACUACAGUUCAUUGCCUAUUAAAAGCUGUCCAUGGUGCUGAAAUUUGUUAAAGAUUAUUUUGUGUGUCAAAUUCCAUUAAAUGGUACUGAAUAUUGGUUUAGGUUUUACUGUAUUUUGAGUUUCAUCUGCAUACAUCAAAUACCAUAUUCAGUCUUUUACCCUUUUCAGAGCUGUCUAUUUUGCUGCUAACCCACCUAUAUGGCACAUAAUUCCGUGUGUGUGAAUGUCAAACCUAGCAAGUAAAACACAUGGGUCAGAUGUGCCUGGAUUCCUGAUACUUUGUACCUGCAGGCAUUGACUCUGCAGGGCUCAGAUCUCUGCAUGUUGCUCAGGACUGUUCCUACAUUUAUACUGAAAAUUUUUUAGUUGUUUUUUAAUAAAUUAUUUUUGGGUUCAAUAUUAAAAUGUUUUCUUAAAUUCUUUUAAAUAGAGAAUGUUGAACAAGUUUUUGUGAGUACAAUGACAAUACUUUUUGUGGGUGCAAUUCCCUAAACCUUUUAAAAAUAUUUAUUUAAGCAAUAUGAUUUUAAAAUGAAUUAAUGGGGUAAUAAUGGCACAGAUUUAUACCAAGAGUGGCUGGAUCUCUGUUUUCUGAAUAAAGUUGUGUCCUUUCUAA